AUGUCAUACAGUUCAAGGUAUACGCCAUCAACUGGUAUGACUUGUAAAGAAUUAUCAGAAAAUGAUGACUUAGCUACAAGUUUAGUUUUAGAUCCAUAUCUUGGUUUCCAAACACACAAAAUGAAUGUCAGGCACCGUCCAUUAAAAAGUAAAAGAGAAUUAAAAGGCGUAGUGGAAGAAUUUAUUAAAACACAGAGUUAUGAGAAAUGUUUUAAAUCUUUGAUGUCAGUUGAAUGUUGUAGAUCAUCUUAUAUUAUUAAAUCUAAAUCACAACAACAAACAUUUAAAGAACAUGUGUUUCGGUAUUUCCGUAUGUUUGAUAAGCGUGCUGGAUUCAGGUUGAUGCCCUGUCAUAGAUAUUCUUCAGAAGGGCAAGUUGGUGGUAAAAUCUGUACAACUAAACAGUGGAAGAGAAAUGAUAAGAUACCAAUGUUAGUAGGAUGUAUAGCAGAAUUAACACCAGCAGAAGAAGCUACUUAUUUACGUCCAGGGAAAAAUGAUUUUAGUGUUAUGUUCUCUUGCCGUAAAAACUGUGCUCAGUUAUGGUUAGGUCCUGCAGCUUUUAUUAAUCAUGAUUGUAGACCAAAUUGUAAGUUUGUAUCAACUGGUAGAGAUACAGCCUGUGUUAAAGCAUUACGAGAUAUUGAAGAAGGUGAAGAAAUUACUUGUCUUUAUGGUGAAGACUUUUUUGGUGAUAAAAAUAGUUAUUGUGAAUGUGAGACAUGUGAAAGACGACAGAUGGGAGCGUAUGAACCAAAAAAUAAACAACAGUUGAUAAUAGACCCUGAAGAAGAUAAAGGUUAUAAAUUGAGAGAUACUGAUGACAGAUUGAACCGGAUUAAAACACAACCGGAAUUAAAACAACCCAAUAUUAAUGGUUUUAUAACUUCAGCUAAUGGUAGGUUAUUAGCAGACCAAGAUUACUCUUUUCGAAACAUGUGA